AUGCACCCGGGCGACGGCGUCGCCUCGCCGACUCGGCUCCGGCCUCAAGGGGCAGCACCAGCACCAGCCGCCCACCUUGCCAGCCGCCUCACGCACGCGUUCAAGCACAGCACCAACGGCGACGACCACCCGGACGAGUCGGCCACGAGCGGCGGCGAGCUCCUCCCCCACCACCUCCUCGCCUACCUCCACGACCAACCGCUCGCCGUCGCCGUCUUCCCGCACGCGCCCUUGCUCGAGCAGGACGAGGGCCUGCCCGCCCCGGUGUACCAGAACCCGGCCCUCCUCCACUUCCUCGGCCAGGGCAUCGGCGGCGCCGCCGUCUCGAACCACCCGCGCGCCGAGGAACACGCCCGCCAGCAAGGCCUCACCCUCGCCGACGCCGUCGACGACCGCUCGCGCGACCUCCUGCGGCGCUUCCUCCGCGACGGCGUUGAGCGCGCCGCCGACGCGUCGCCGUCUGCUCCCCCGGCGAGCGCGGGCGCCAUCCCCUCGCCCGGCGGCCACCACUCGGGCCCGCUCCGCGUCUUCCAGCCCUCGACCUCGUCCGCCUCGUCCGCCUCGUCGUCGACGUCGAGCGUGUCCCACUCGUCCUCGUCGUACAACCCUCGGCCGGGCCGACCAGGGUCCGCAGGGUCUGGCACGUCGUUCUCGUCCACGUCGCGCUACUCGCGGUUCCAGCCGCACCGCCAGAUCGCGUUCCAGCUCCUGUCGGGCCUCAACUUCAGCAAGGUCCACUGGCGUGCGACCGUCUAUGUCGAGUACGGCUGCACCCUCUUGACGAUGCUCCCCGCGUCGACCGUCGCCAACGGCGGCCAGUUCACCGAGACGACCGAGUGCGACGAGGAGUCGGACGACCUGAUCCGGUUCGGCGAGGAGGCGUCGACCGGCGCGAGGGCCGGGUCGGCGAGCGCGGGCGACUUUGUCGGGAAUGGCGGCGGCGACGACGACGAGACGGUCGCCGGCGGCGGGACGAGGGACGAGCCCUACGCGCCCAACGGGCCCGAGCCCUCGCCGACGCCGUCCGAGGCGCGCUCCGAGCCCGAGCGAUUCCCGGCGUCGGUCCAGCACGCGCGGCACCGCCUCGGCAAGCGCACCGAGGGCGAGCGCAUCGGCGACCACGAGAUCUCGCACGACGGCGCGCGCGACGCCGUCAGCCUCGAGGGCCUCGCGUUCACGAGCUGGCACGCUCCGGUCGGCCUCUUCCGCGUCAACCGCGACCUGAGCAUCACGCAGGCCAACCCGAAAUGGCGCCAGACGUGCGGCUUGACCGAGGGCGAGACGAACGACGCGUGGCCCGCUCGGAUCCACCCAGACGACCGCGAGCGGGUCGUCGACCACUACCGCCGCAUCUCGGAGGAGCUGCCCAUCGAGCGCGACGAGCAAGAGUUCCGCUGGCUGCCGACAUCCGGGUCGCGCGAGCGGUGGUGCGUGUGCGUCAUCGAGCCGGCCAUCGUCAACGGCGUCAUGAACGGCUACUGCGGGUACCUGCUCAACAUCAACAAGCACAAGCUCGCCGCGACGGCGUCCGAGCUGCGCGAGGAGCAACUGCGCCACGAGCUCGCCCUCCUGUCCGAGACGACGUCGGUCGGCCUCGUCCGCAUCGACCUCGACGGCCACUUCCUGAGCGCCAACGAGGCGUGGUACGGCAUCUGUCGGGUCGAGCGAGGGAGCCCUCUUGACGUCUGGAGCGACAACCUCCACCCGGACGACUUUGACUGGGUCUUCAAGCAGUGGAAGCACUCGUUGGACACGCGCGAGCCGUUCCAGGCCCGGUUCCGGUGGAAGUUCGGCGACGUGUGCCUCGUCCAGGCCGUCCUCAACAACCGCGACGCGGCUAGUGCGACCGGGUGGAUCGGCAGCGUCACGGACGUGACGGCGCAGGCGCGCUCGGAGGAGAAGCUGCUCGCCCUGUCCAAGGAGCGCGAGGAGCGCGCCGAACACUAUGCGCGCGAGGCCGAGGAGCGCCGCAAGAUCGCCGUCGAGGAGAAGAAGCAGCAGGAGCUCCUCAUCGACGUCACGAGCCACGAGAUCCGCAACCCGAUAUCCGCCAUCUUGCAGAACGCCGACUUUACCCGCUCGUCGCUCCAGUCGUUCCGCGGUCGCCUCGGCCAGCUCAAGGAGCGAGGCGCCCUGCCCGCCGAGCUCGACGACGAGCUCCUGCACGACCUGGACGAGGACAUCGAGGCGCUCGACGCCAUCAGCGAGUGCGGCAUGGCCCAGGAGCGCAUCGCCAACGACAUCCUCGGCCUCGCCCAGAUCCAGCUCAGCAAGUACAGCAUCACGCCCGUCGUCUUUGACCUGACGACCUCGCUCCGCAACAUCUGCCGCAUGUUCAAGACCGAGUGCCGCGCCAAGAGCAUCGAGCUGCAGCUCGUCGUCGGGUCGUCGCUCGCCCGCCUCGGUCCUCGCGCCAAGGUCUUUGCCGACCCGACUCGCCUCACCCAGGUGCUCGUCAACCUCCUGUCGAACGCGAUCCGGUUCACGGCCAAGUCGGACAAGCGCGUCGUCACCAUCACGGUCGAGGUGUCGGCCCAGCCGCCAGGGCGCGACUCGCCGCUCAUCCCGCCGGCCGAGACCGAGUACAAGAUCGACAAGCAGAAGCCCGUGUACCUGUUCUUCAGCGUCGAGGACACCGGGCCGGGCAUGACCGAGGAGGAGACGGGCCGGCUGUUCGCAAAGUUCAUGCAGGCCUCGCCGUUCACGCACACGACCUGGGGCGGGAGCGGCCUCGGACUGUGGAUCGCUCGCAACCUGUGUGAGCUGCAGAUGGGCCGCAUCGAGGUCGCGUCGACUGUGGGCCAAGGGUCCAUCUUCCGGUGCUUCAUCACGGCGCGCUCGGUCGACGCCGGGCCGAGCCACUCGUCCGACGUGCUCCCUGUCGUCGACGGCAUCGACGCGCCCAACGCCGAGCGAGGACGAGCGCCAACUAUCUUCCUCGCCAAGCCCGACGAGUCACUGCCGCUCAAGGGCAUGACGAUUCUCUGCUGCGAGGACAACCAGAUCAACCGGACCGUCCUCAAGCGGCAGCUCGCCAAGCAGGGCUGCGAGCACAUCCUCCUCGCGUGCGACGGGCAAGAAGGCCUCGAGAUCCUCAAGAAGCAGCCCGACGGCAAGGUCGACUGUAUCCUCAUGGACAUCGAGAUGCCGAUCAUGGACGGCCUGCAGGCGACGCGAGCGAUCCGCCUCGCCGAGCAGCAGGGCGAGCGGUCGGGCCAUCAGCGCAUCGUCGGCCUCACGGGCAACGCUCGCGUCGAGCAGAAGCAGGCGGCGCUCGACGCCGGCAUGGAAACGGUUGUCACCAAGCCGUACAAGGUCCCCGACCUCGUCGCCCGCAUCCUCCAAGACGCGCCCGACAUCGAGCCGACCGCUCCAAAACAAGCUUCCUCCGCGGGCGCUGGCUUGUCGAGCAGCUUUGUCCCGUCGGGCGAUCACGGCGAGGUCAUCACCAAGCUCUCGACGGGCGCGACGGUCGAAAUCAUCACGCCGGGCAGCCCGGCGCCGUCGUCGUCGUCGUCGUUGCGCGCCGGCGCGUCCGACGAUCGCUCGCUCCCGCCCGGGUCGCACGAGAUGAUCAUGGGCCGGUCGACAGAGGGAGACGGCGGCGGCGAGGUCAUGAUCGACAAGGACAGCGUCGACCGGGCGGCGAGCAGCAUGCAGCGGCACGGCGAGGGGAGGGCGCUGCCGCCGUCGCAGACGGAGCCGAGGUCGCUCGAGAAGUAG